AUGAAUCUUCUUCAAUUUCAAACUUGGUUUGAGGAGAUAAAAAGGGAACUUACUCUCAUGCACGCCUUCCUUACUGACACGGACAAGCUCAAAGGGAAGUUGGAAACACUUAAGGCAACCUUAGAUAAACUGAGGGAACUAAUUCAUGAAGUUGAUAACCUAGUGAUAGAUUGUCAAAUUCGAGCAGAUUAUCGGAAGAACUAA